UUUUUUUUUUUUUUUUUUUGCUACAGGAAGUGAUUUGCAGUGCUCACCGAGCCUUUGUUGAGAAGGGUCUCCUCUCGGCAUGAGUCAUGCUUUUGCUGUGAGCAGCCCCACGCAGCUGGGCGCUCGGCUCCAUCAGAGCCAACUAUGACUUUUGCAAAGCAAACGUUCAACCCCAAGCAGCGGUCUCCGGGGCCGGGGCUGCGCGGCCGCCGCGGUGCUGGCGUUUGAUGGUGGGAGGGCACCGUGCUGUUGUUGCGCGCUCUCUCUGCAGAAGGCUGUCCCGGGGCCCCCACUCUCCGUCCCGCCCCGGGGCCCGCAGCUCGCCUGCUAUGCGCGGCAGCCCACGCCGGGGCCGGCACCAGCAGCGCCCGGGCGGAUGCGGCGAGCCCACGGAGGGGCAUGCUUCCACGCACCAAGUACAACCGCUUCAGGAAUGACUCGGUGACAUCGGUCGAUGACCUUCUGCACAGCCUGUCGGUGAGCGGCGGCGGCGGCAAGGUCUCCGCGGCGCGCGCGACCCCGGCGGCGGCCCCCUACCUGGUGUCGGGUGAGGCCCUGCGCAAGGAGCCGGACGAUGGGCCGGGCAGCCUGGGCCACCUGCUUCACAAGGGGUCCCACCUGAAACUCUCCAGCUCGGGGCCCCGCGGCCUCGCGCCCCAGGCGCCCCGCACCCAGGCCAUGAGCGCCGCCAGGAAGAACCGGCCCGGCGACGAGCCGCUGCCCAGGCCCCCCCGCGGGGCGCCACACGCCAGCGACCAGGGGCUGGGACCCGGUGUCACCUACGUCGUCAAGUACCUGGGCUGCAUUGAGGUUCUCCGCUCCAUGAGGUCUCUGGACUUCAGCACAAGAACACAAAUCACCAGGGAAGCCAUCAGCCGUGUUUGCGAAGCUGUGCCCGGUGCCAAAGGAGCCUUCAAGAAGAGGAAGCCGCCCAGCAAAGUGCUGUCCAGCAUCCUGGGGAAGAGCAACCUCCAGUUCGCCGGGAUGAGCACCUCCCUGACCAUCUCCACCGCGAGCCUGAACCUGCGGACGCCCGACUCCAAACAGAUUAUAGCGAACCAUCACAUGCAGUCCAUCUCCUUCGCCUCCGGGGGAGACCCGGACACAACAGACUACGUGGCAUAUGUGGCUAAGGACCCUGUUAAUCGCAGAGCUUGUCACAUCCUGGAAUGCUCUGACGGGCUGGCCCAAGAUGUCAUCGGCUCCAUUGGACAAGCCUUCGAGCUCCGGUUUAAGCAAUACCUGCAGUGUCCUUCCAAGAUUCCAGCCCUCCACGACCGAACGCAGAGCCUGGACGAGCCGUGGAUGGAAGAGGAGGGGGAUGGCCCGGACCGGGACCGCCCGUACUACAACAGCGUUCCAAGCAAGAUGCCUCCUCCAGGGGCGUUUCUUGAUACUCGACUGAAAACCAGAACUCCUGUUCCUGACUCAGCCCAGUUUGCAGGAAAAGAGCAAACUUACUACCAAGGAAGACACCUCGGAGACACGUUCGGUGAAGACUGGCAGCAAGCGCCUAUCAGGCAAGGGUCCUCGGACAUCUACAGCACGCCAGAGGGGAAAGCACACACGGUCCCCGUGGGAGAAGCGCCCACCUACGUCAACACGCAGCACAUGCCACCGCAGGCCUGGCCGGCCACGGACAGCAGCGCGGAGAGCAGCCCGCGGAAGGACCUCUUCGACAUGAAACCUUUUGAAGAUGCGCUCAAGAAUCAGUCUAUGGGGCCCACAUUGAGCAAAGCAGCCUCCGUGGAGUGCAUCAGCCCCGUCUCGCCCAGAGCCCCCGAUGCCAGCAUGCUGGAGGAGCUGAAGGCAGAGCCUUGGUACCAGGGGGAGAUGAACAGGAAGGAGGCAGAGGGUCUGCUGGAGAAGGACGGAGACUUCCUGGUCAGGAAGAGCACCACCAACCCGGGCUCGUUCGUCCUCACGGGCAUGCACCACGGCCAGGCCAAGCACCUGCUGCUCGUGGACCCGGAAGGCACGGUCCGGACCAAGGACAGAGUCUUCGACAGCAUCAGCCACCUCAUCAACCACCACCUGCAGAGCGGCCUGCCCAUCGUCUCGGCAGGGAGCGAGCUCUGCCUGCGGCAGCCCGUGGAGAGGAAGCAGUGACGCCGCCCUGCUGCACCCCUGCCGCACCGUGCACCAGGUCAGGCGCACCAGGCUCCGCAGGAGCUAGGGCAGCCACCGGGAGCAAGCAAGGCACCUUCCCCCAGGGCCCGGCAGAGGGGCUUCCUCCAAGGUCAAGUUGCAUGAACUCGGUCCAGGUCUCACGCACUGAAGGUGUACAUACCUAUACAUCCUGUACAAACAAGCCCUCUAUAUUUAUAUUUUUUAAGACUAAAAAAGAUAUAAGACUAACGUUCUGUGCUGUAUGUUUUUAAUGAAAAAAAAAGGAAGUUUGACUGUAGUUGUCCAGGCAAAAAUGUAACCCCACUGACCCAUGCCACUGGCACACCCAUGAGGCAGCGCACCCUGCAGCUUUACUCGACAGGGCCUGGGGCUGCGGUCCUGACAAGUAGGGAGUAGGACGCAGGAGGGAGGGGAUAAGGCGGUGCUGCUCCAGUGACGUCCAACCCUGCACUUAAAGUGCUGGGGAAGGUCAGUCCGGGGCCUCCUCUCUAAGGCGUCAGUGCCCAGCUCCCUGGCAGCGCCAUCUCCUGGGCAAUGCCACCUCUUGUGCUUCCAGCACUCACCGUGUGCACGCGCUUUCUGACAGUGGGCGACCCCUGCAGCUUCCCUAGGGAACAGGGGCACUCCAGCUCCUCAGGGUUGUGCUGUGGGUGGAAACGGACACCCUGCACCUGGUUCUGCAGGGCACACUUCGGGGGUCGUUUUAUGACGAAUAUGGCACCCAGAAGCCUCACUAGUCACCAUCUUGCUCAGCACAUGCUUCCCUGUUCUCAUCCCUAUAAUGCAAAGUGAGCGUCUGCGGAAGGGUGGCCAGGCCGCCUUAACCAGCAGGCUGACUCUGGGCUGCUUGGGGCAGCUGCUGGUCAAUUGUCUCCUCGCCCCUGUGCAACAGCACAGCAGAGCAGGCAUCAGAGCCGGGCUGCCUGGAGACUCGGGCAC